UCGGUCGUCUCCAGCGCCGCCGCCGCUUCCUGGAGCGGCCCUCCUGUUCGUCGUCCUCCCUCGGGUCCGCCGCGAGCAGCGGCCCUCCAUUUCGUUCGCCCGCCCAUCCCCUGCCUGGGCCCGCCACCACCUUCCAAUCUCCCCCUGCGCAGAUCUGGGGCUGAAGAGGAACAACGAGAUGGGGAUCUGCUUCUUGGUGGAUAAACUGCGAAGCCUGCGCGGGCAGAUGGCCGUUAUGGUGGCUGGCCCCUUAUUGCCUGUGCUUGCCGUUGCUUUUCUCGUCUAAUUGCUGUCGUGCAGUGUGAUGUUGCUUGUGCUUGGGUGCUGCUUCUAGCUACAGGCUACUGCUGGCGCGAGCUGCUGCUGCUUUUGUUGCCUCUGCUAGUGUUUGCCGUGAUUCCUGCUCCUGAUAGCUGCUAGUGCUUGUCAAGAUUUGUUAUAGGAUGUCAACUUGUGAUUGUGAUUGUUGUUUAUUUCUGGCUGCUCUUUGUCUACGCUCCAUGAAAAUUGUUCCUAGCUGCUCCCCCACCCUUGCAUGUUUCCUCCCAGACAUGAUUUGUAUAGUUGUAAGUUGAUGUAGAUUAAGAGCCAAUAUAUUGGAUUUGGUGACAUAAAAGGUGACUGAAAUUUUGGUAUCUCAAGGAAUACAACGACAGCUAGUACAUGACAUAUCGGCUGAACAUCGAGAAAUGGCACUUCCUUUUCUAAUUAGUUGCACAAAUUCAGGAAUACAAGUACAAUGCUGCUAAUGUGCAAUUGCAACUGCUCUCAGUUUUGGCAUCUCUAGGUAUUUUUGGGUAGCGGCAGUCUUUGUUCUUGUUCUUGCGUAUCCUUAAGUAUUGCUUGCUCUUUGAAUAUUGCUAAUAGAUAUCUAUUCUGGACGUACGAAGUUGCACUCAACUUGUGCAUUAUUUUGCAGUGCAUGUCACUUUUAUUGCGACCAUAUAUCACACACCAUUGUAGAUGAAUAAACAAGGCAGCUGAAAAGUAAAUUGCAUAACCUGAUAACCCUAAUUUAUAUACUGCUUUGCAAUUUUAUUUGAAUAUUGUGCAAAGCAUAUUUUCUUGUCUCGAAUUCAUCAUGUCAUUUUUCGCAGGCCCUAUAGCUGGUUUCUGUUGGGCUUGGGAUAUCUGACUUGAUUAUAUUUAUUUAGCCCGUUAUAAAUUGUUCAAUCUGUAUCUGGUGUUCUUAAGGUAGUAUAUCUGGUUUUUGUUGGGGUACCUAACUUUCUUUGUUUUUUCUGUAAUAUGACGGUUCUUCCUCUGAUGCAAGCUUAAACAUGGCGGUGCUACUGUGGUGCCAUGUCUGCCUUGUUCUCUAGGGUACUAAGGACCCCUUUUGGAGUUUUUCCCUCCAUGUGCCAUCAGCCUGCUUGCUGCCAUAGUGAUAAUUCGAUAUCUCAAGGAAUACAUUGACAGCUAGUAGAUGAUAUAUCACCUGAACAUCUACUACUACUAUCGGCAUGCCUGGCUCACUAGUGAUUAGGAGCCAUGCUUGCUGCCUCCGCACGCCGGAUUGCUGCUGAUCCCAUCACUGGGGAAGGCCUCAUCUGCUUCCUGUCGCUUACAACCCGUACCUGCAGUCGUUCACGCAAGGCACCAGCCAGAAAUGGUGUCAAACAACUUAAUACAGCUAUUUGGAUGUUUCUGUUUUUUUUUUUGCGGGGUUGGACGUUUCUGUUCUAGUUGAUCAGAAGAUAAAUGACUGGCUUGUGGCUUUGAUCUGAAGUCUAUUUGUUAAUGCCUGGAAAGAGCAUGGCACCGCAGGGUAGCUAUACUGCUUGGGCUGUGGUUACAAGUAGAACACGAAAACAAAUAUGGUUUCGUUUGUGCUAAAAAGCUAUUAGUCACCUCUUCAUCUUCAUUUCUUUUCAAGCUGCAUGAUUGUACGUACUGAAACACCAAUAGUCCAAGACUAUAUUCCCUAUUAUCUUGGUAUGGGCAUCAAAAUCUCUAUAGAAAGUUGUUGGAGGGUAAUAAUGCGAUUGAUUAACUGUGGGCAGUAGGGGCUCUCUACUUGGUCUAUGGAGACAGGAAACGAUAAUGACUGUUGAAUUUACAGUACCUUGAUGUUGAAUUUACAAGAUGCUGAUGUUGGAUUUACUGUCUUGUAGCUUUUGUAAUUUACAGUAGCUCCACAAAGUUUGUGACUGUUGUUUGUACAGUGAGCUGAUAUUGAAUGCUUGAUCACAUGAAUUAGUCUGAAUGCAUAUUUACAGUACUCUUAUGUUGAAUUUAUAGUAUGCUGAUGGUGGAUUUACUGUCCUAUAUAUUCUGUAAUUUAUAGUAGCUCCAUAUAGUGCCAUUGCUGUUUGUACAGUUAGUUGAUAUAGAAUGCUUGAUCACAUGAAUUUGUAUGAAUGUAUAUUACAGUUUCCUGAUGUUUAAUUUAUAAUACAUUGAUGAUGGAUUUACGGUCCUAUAGCUUCUGUAAAUUUCAGUAGUUCCUAAAAGUUUGUGACUGCUGUUUUUUACAGUGAGCUGAUAGUGAAUUUUCCAGAGGCCACCUCUUUCUGAGAACACCAUCACUACGUUGCACUCUGAUUUUGCUCUAACUGUUGUCCUCCUAAUAGGCAUUAUACUUUUGCUUUCUACUUCUUUUGUUUUGCCAUGUUUGUUACACUUCAUCGUGAUUCUUGUAUAUUAGUGUUUUUCUUCUUGUUUGUUGUUCUCGAUGCUGCAACGGUAGUGACUGAAAAUCCAGCAACAUUCGAAUAAAAGUUGAAGAAUUCCUGUCCUUCUUCUCUUGUCUUGAACUCCAUGCCAGGUGCGGCUUUAUAAUGCUCUCAGUGUUCAUGACAUUUCCUUCUUGUGCUGCAGUAUUUUUAUUUUCCAAGAAAUUCUCAAUAACCUCUUCAUUUAAAUACUCAUCUUCCUUUUCAGUCUGCUAUAACUGAUGGUUAUCUAUGCUAUUCUCAGCUUCAUUAUUACUCUCUGCGUGCUCCAAUGUGGCACAUUGUCUGAAGUGUAUGAAUUUCCGUGUAACAUGAUGGAUCCUUCAUCUUCAGCUACCUAUAACAAGUGUUGUCAAAAAGUCCUACAUCCCAGGGAUUUGAAGAAGCUGGAUCAAUACUCGCUUCAUCUCCUUGUGUUAGUUGCAGGACCUGCAAACAUGGUAGAAGGAAUUCUUCGUCAUUCUGAGUUGCAUGCCCAUCUCAACUUACUAAGGCAGGCAGCGUAUAACCCUGCUCCUCCAGUGUGCAUUGGCAGCAAGAAAGAAAGUAGGUUUCUAGCGAGGAGUUUCUUCCACAAGUAUCAACUUGAGAUCUUUGAUGAUGCCAUGAGAAUUUUGGGUUCUCUUCCAAAAGUGUGCGAAGAAGAACAAAACUGUCAAUAAUCUAGAGAAGGUUGUGAGUAGUGACCUGGCAGUGUUGCCUUUUGGGCCCUUGCGUUGAUUGCUCAUGGAUCAUAGAGCGCACAGGUCAUACAAACACGUGUCACAUUUGUAGUGCAUGAUAAAAUUGAUUGAAUGUCUCUUUAUUUUGAGUCAAAGUUUUUGCCCGUUGGACAUGUGACAUACAGACAGAUAGGAGUCAGAUUGUUACUGGUUGGCAUAUUUGAUUGAAGGCCAGUUCAAUUUCAGUGAA